GAAAGAGGAUCUCAUUUGAGAAUCCAGGGCAGGUCCCUGAACCAGUGCACCCCUGCAAUGCAGUCCUGAACGGCAAGGGGGCAGCCUGGAGCCUAAAAGGUGCCUGGGCAGGUGGGGCCCACGCCCAGGUUUCUCCUGCUGACUGUCCUGAUGACUCACCCUAACAUCCCAGCCCUUUUACCUUUAAGGAAGAGCCGGAAAGGGUGCGGGAAGAAGGGGCAGGUCCUAGGCCCUAGGCCCGCCCCUGCCCCUCCCGGUCCUUCUUUGGGCCAUGCCACCCAGCCAAAAGGCAGACCCAGAGCAAGAGAGGCACAGAAUCCGGCAUUGGUCUCGAGGCAGCCAGUUCGCCCGCCUGUCUGUCCGUCCCCAGAAUCAUGGAGAGAGCCAGUCUGAUCCAGAAGGCCAAGUUGGCAGAACAGGCAGAACGCUAUGAGGACAUGGCAGCCUUCAUGAAGGGCGCCGUAGAAAAGGGUGAGGAGCUCUCCUGCGAAGAGAGGAACCUGCUUUCUGUGGCCUACAAGAACGUGGUAGGAGGCCAGAGGGCGGCCUGGAGGGUCCUGUCCAGCAUUGAGCAGAAGAGCAAUGAGGAGGGAUCGGAAGAGAAGGGGCCCGAGGUGAAAGAGUACCGGGAGAAGGUGGAGACUGAGCUCCGAGGUGUGUGUGACACGGUGCUGGGCCUGCUGGACUCUCACCUCAUCAAGGAUGCUGGAGAUGCAGAGAGCCGAGUCUUCUAUCUGAAGAUGAAGGGCGACUACUACCGCUACCUGGCCGAGGUGGCCACGGCUGAUGACAAGAAACGCAUCAUCGAUUCUGCCCGGUCAGCCUACCAGGAGGCUAUGGACAUCAGCAAGAAGGAGAUGCCACCCACCAACCCCAUCCGCCUGGGCCUAGCCCUGAACUUUUCCGUCUUCCACUACGAGAUAGCCAACAGCCCUGAGGAGGCUAUCUCUCUGGCCAAGACCACCUUCGACGAGGCCAUGGCUGACCUGCACACCCUCAGCGAGGACUCCUACAAGGACAGCACCCUCAUCAUGCAGCUGCUGAGAGACAACCUGACGCUCUGGACAGCAGACAAUGCCGGGGAAGAGGGCGGAGAGGCUCCAGAGGAGCCCCAGAGCUGAGCCGGCCUGCUACCUGCCUGCCCCGCCUCGCCCUCCAGUCCCCAGCCUUGCAGAGAGGACUAGUAUCGGGUGGGACCCGGGCCUUUCCACACCGUUCCUGAAUGCUCUGCUCAAAAAGGCUCCUUGGAAGGGGUGCAGUCCAGCUGAGGCCACCAGGGGCCGGGGUUGGUGGGUGUUCCUAACCCUGCCCAGCCCUGCUCUCUGCACCCCUUUCCUCCCCACCCCACUCAACCUGGCCACUUCUCCCCGUGCAUCCCUCUUGCACCUGGAUGUUUCUUGAUCUUCAGAAUGGAAUGUCCCACCCCUGUGGCUGAGAACUGGACUGUGGCAGAAGCUGUGUGUGUGUGUGUGUGUGUGUGUGUGUGUGUGUGUAUGUGUGUGUGUGUGAGAGAGAGAGACUGUGAGAGGAGAAGGAACACGUUUGCUGGGUGUGACCAUGGUUCCUCUCUAUAAUAAAAGUUGC